UACCGUGGGUUUAGAAUGGAGACUAACUUGGAAGAUAUCAAAUGUUUAGUUAUGUUUUAUAUACGAAGACAUUAAAACCUUGAAAUAACCUCCCCAUCCUGUGUCUCUAAACUACUACAAAUUGCAGAUAACUCGAGGAAAGGUUUUAUAAGGUGUUUCUCUAAAGCAUAUGCUUUGCCAUGGUGUUCAGUACAUUUCACUCAUUCCUAACUUCAGAGACCCAGUUCGCAGAGAGAAAUGUUUCACAUUCAUAACUUGUAGCUGUGCCAACAGCAGAAGGGGGAGGGAGAGAAACAGACCUUAAGUUUUUUUUCCUAAAGACCAGAUCAGUAUUUUCUUGAUACGCUUGUCACCCAUUUUUGUUCUCACGACAACCAAUUGAGCCCUUGAUCGUCACGUGAUGAGAAAGGCUUGAACUGUAACAAAAUCGCUCCUUUUAGAUGGUUGGUUGUUGGUAACUCGCCCAUCCCCCCUCCUGCCCUAACAUUUCCAGCAAACCAACUCUCCUUUCCAAUCCAUCAACAAUUCAUUACAGCUUUUAGCUUCCAAACGCCAGCUAAUUAAAAAUACUAAGCCAAGCUCCGAGACAAUCUGACUUAAAGGCAAAAAGGGGAUGAAGGCAUUAGGGGUAAUAAAUAAAAAGACGAUGCAACGUUUGCUGAAACAAUAAGGAAAAAAAUCUGUCCUGCAAAAAACAAAAGUCUAUUUUAUCUUUUUGGUCUCUAAUUACUGAAUUACUUACAACAUGACUGAUUAGCCUGAGCUCCCGGAUUCUCCCUCCCUCCCCCCGCAGUUUAGAUGCUAUUUUCUUACAACAUACAAAAGAAAAAAGGGAAAAAAUCCCCAGAUCAUACCCUUGGGAAGAUUUACUUAAUUUUAAAACACACUCUUUCCUCCACUCCCACGAAAUGUUCUGAUAACUGGAUUAUCAGAACACUGAUUUCCCCCUCCCUCUUCUCCGCCCCCCCUUUCCCUCCUCAUCCUCCCCCCCCUUCCUUUUCCCCCUUAAGUUAGUUCAAGAAAUCAGAUCUGUCAGGACCGGCGAAAAAAAUGCCACUUCCCGACUAACAGGCGGAAUCCAGCCCAGAUUUUCAGUCCUUUCUUCUUUUUUUCCUUCCUCCCUUUCACUAAUUUAUCCCGAUGUUAGCACAUUCUGUCUUGUAACAACCGGACGCCUGUAGGUUUGUUUCAUGGGAUCAUUACUUACUGAUCAGGAUGGCUCUGAAGUCUGGAGUUGAAGACGGAAUGUGAAGUUGGAAAACAUUUGAAAAUUAUUAUUAUUAUUACAUCUCGGUGCUUGUUAAGAAAAACAAACAAACAAAAAACCCUGGUCCUUGAUGCUCCUGUUUUGAAUGUGAAAUAUUACCUUCCAGCUUGUAAAGUUGAGGAACAACAUUUUUAAGAAAGGAGGAAAACCAACACAAAUAAAGGACUCCUGAUCCGUGUGCCAAAAUGGGGGGAGAUAUAUUUUUGAGCGAUUAUACUGGCUGAGAUGUUAUUUGUUUUCUACUUCUUGAUCACUUUGCUCUUUAAGUAAAAUGAGGCACACAGUUGUUGCUGAGUCGAAUGGGAACAGCAUUUUGAUUUUCUGAUUUAAUUAAAAAUGAUAAAGGAUUAAAGGAAAAGGUGGACCUGGACUUCAGGGUAUAAACCUAGACAUACCAGGGGGAGGAAGAUAAGAAGAAUUAAAUAAAUAAUAAUUUAAAAAGAAAAGCCCAACGGAGAUAAACGAAUGUCCCCUCAUCUCCAAAGGAAAGUUCAUCGGAUUUUUAUUCUAGAGAUCUCAUCUUCAGGAUGUCAGUGAACACUUCCACUGCAUGCAAAGGUGUGGAUCCAAACGCGGUUGAUACUUAUGACAGUGGCGAUGAUUGGGAAAUCGGGGUUGGAAAUUUAAUAAUCGAUUUGGACGCCGAUUUGGAGAAGGACAGACAGAAAUUUGAGAUGAAUAAUUCCACCAAUACCACCACCAGCAGCAGUACUAGCUCCAAGGAUUGUGGGGGUCUGGCUUCCAGUGGGGCUAAUGCUACCUCAGCCUUAGCUGAUGGCCUAAAAUUUGCUUCUGUUCAGCCCCCUGCCCCCCAGGGGAAUUCCUCUCACAAAGAGACUAGCAAAUCAAAAGUGAAAAGGAGUAAAACUUCUAAGGAUGCUAAUAAAUCUCUGCCUUCUGCUGCCUUGUAUGGGAUUCCUGAGAUCAGCAGUGCUGGCAAGAGGCAGGAAGUCCAAGGGCGCCCUGGAGAGGCAACUGGCAUGAAUUCAGCACUGGGUCAAAGUGUGAGCAGCAACCCAAACGGCAAUAAUAACAACACCAGCAACAACAACCCUAUUGCCUCUUGCGGGAAAAACAAAGAAGAGAAACCAGGUAAAACCCAGGGCAGCAGAGGCUCCAAGCGGGAUAAGGAUGCGGGGAAAUCCAGGAAGGACAAGCAGCAUGACCUGCAGCAGGGCCACCCCAACGGUGGGGGUGGCAGCAGCCAAGCUCCCUCUGGGCACCUGUAUGGCUUCGGGGCCAAGGGAGGCGGUGGUGGGAGCAACAGCCCCUUUCACUGCGCCUCCUCCACGGUGGGGGAGGUGAGCAAAAGCACCCCGGAUUCAGGGUUAAUGGGGAACUCUAUUUUGGUAAAGAAGGAAGAGGAGGAGGAGGAGAACCACAGGCGAAUCAAGAAAUUGAAAACAGAAAAGGUUGACCCCCUGUUUACAGUGCCUGCACCUCCACCUCCGAUUUCCAGCAGUAUCACGCCUCAGAUUCUGCCUUCCUACUUUUCCUCCUCUUCAUCCAAUAUUGCUGCACCAGUUGAACAGCUUUUGGUACGGACUCGUUCAGUGGGUGUAAAUACUUGCGAGGUUGGAGUAGUAACAGAACCCGAAUGCCUUGGACCCUGUGAGCCUGGGACCAGUGUGAACUUGGAAGGGAUUGUGUGGCAUGAAACCGAAGAAGGUGUCCUAGUGGUAAAUGUUACAUGGCGGAACAAGACUUAUGUCGGGACCCUGCUGGAUUGUACAAAGCAUGAUUGGGCCCCUCCCAGGUUUUGUGAAUCGCCAACAAGUGACCUGGAAAUGCGAGGAGGUCGGGGGAGAGGAAAGCGAGCAAGGUCUGCUGCAGCUGCACCUGGAAAUGAUGUUAGCUUUACAGAGUCAAGAGGACUGCAGAACAAGAACAGGGGUGGUGCCAAUGGGAAGGGGAGGCGAGGCAGCCUUAAUUCAAGUGGACGCAGGACACCUCCAAAUUGUGCAGUUGACGAUGUCAAAGCCAGCCCCUCAUCCACGAAUAAGAGGAAAAAUAAGCCUCCAAUGGAGCUAGACUUGAACUCCAGUUCAGAGGACAAUAAAUCUGGAAAGCGCAUUCGCACCAAUUCUAGAAGCACUCCAACCACCCCACAGGGGAAACUUGAGACUACUUUUUUGGACCAAGGCUGCUCUUCUCCAGUAUUGAUUGAUUGCCCUCACCCCAAUUGCAACAAAAAGUACAAGCACAUUAAUGGACUGCGUUACCACCAGGCUCAUGCACAUUUAGAUCCAGAAAACAAACUGGAGUUUGAGCCUGACAGUGAAGAUAAAAUUUCAGACUGUGAGGAAGCAUUAAGUAAUGUGGCACUUGAAUGCAGUGAGCCAAGCACAAGUAUAUCAAGUUUUGAUCAGCUAAAAGCACCAACAUCUCCUUGCCCUCUUAAUACCCCUGGGACACCCAAGGGGAAAAGGGAGUUGACCAAUAAUGGCCCAACUUCAAUCAUCAGUUCUAAAACUGGCAAGAAUUCUGGUAAAAAGAAGGGCCCAAAUAGUGAAUUGAACAGCCUUCCUGUAAUUUCUAAUAUGGCAGCCACGCUGGACAAUUGUUCAGUAGCAGAUGGCAGUUUGGCCUCUGAAAUGCCCAAACUGGAAGCUGAAGGACUAGUAGACAAGAAAAAUGUGGGAGAUAAAGACAAGGGCAAAAAAGCCAAUACUUGCAAAGUGGAUAAAAAUCUGUCAAAACUUAAAACAGCCAGGCCCAUUGCCCCAGCUCCAGCUCCUACUCCUCCCCAAUUAAUAGCUAUACCCACUACAGCCUUUACAACCACCACUACAGGGACAAUACCAGGAUUGCCCUCACUCACAACCACUGUUGUUCAGGCAACACCAAAGAGCCCUCCGUUAAAACCUAUUCAACCAAAGCCCACAAUUAUGGGAGAGCCAAGCACUGUAAACCCAGCUCUCACAUCACUCAAAGACAAAAAGAAAAAGGAGAAGAGAAAGCUGAAGGACAAAGAAAGCAAAGAGACUGGAAGUCCUAAAAUGGAUUCUAAGCUGGGAAAGCUAGAGGAUUCAAAAGGGUCUGGGAAAGAUUUAUCUGGACAUUUUUUAAAGGACCAUCUCAACAAGAAUGAAGUGUUAGCUAAUGGACUGUCAGAGUCUCAAGAGAGCAGGAUGGCAAGUAUUAAAGCUGAAGCGGAUAAGGUUUACACUUUCACAGACAAUGCACCCAGCCCUUCUAUAGGGAGUGCCUCCAGAAUGGAAUGCAGCACUUUGGUGAAUGGACAAUCUUCUUUGGUGCCACUGCAUGUGUUGACACAAAAUGGUGCAGAUAGUGCAGCUGCUAAAACCAACAGCCCAGCUUACUCUGAUAUUUCUGAUGCUGCAGAUGAUGGUGGUUCUGACAGCAGGUCAGAGGACAUGAGGUCAAAGGCCAGCUCUCCUUCAGAUAUUAUUUCUAAUAAGGAAAGUGUUGUAAAAGGACAUUCUUCAAUCACAGCACAAUCAUCACAAGUAAAAGAGUCCCAUUCUCCCUAUUACCAUGGCUACGAUCCUUAUUAUUCUCCAAGUUACAUGCACUCUGGACAAGUCAGCACCCCUGCAGCUGGGAACAGCAGUACCUCACAGGGACUGAAGAUCAAAAAGGAGGCCGAGGAAGAGGCUGAAAAGAAAGACAAGACAGAAGCAUCAGAUUCCAAGAAAAAUGAUACUAAUUCCACUAAUUUACAGCCUCAGCAUCAGUCAGUAAUAACUCAGAGACAUCCUGCACUUGCCCAGUCACUUUAUUAUGGACAGUAUGCCUAUGGGCUUUACAUGGACCAAAAGUCCUUAAUGGCCUCUAACCCUGCCUAUAGGCAGCAGUAUGAAAAAUAUUAUGAGGACCAGAGACUGGCAGAGCAGAAAAUGGCACAAACUGGGAGAGACUGUGAAAGGAAGAGCGAACCUUCACUGAAGGAACUAGGAAAGGAUGACAACAAGCAGAAAAAUAUCCCCUCUGCUACUAUCUCAAAGGCUCCUUCAGUUCCAGAGACAAGCAAAAAUAACACUAAAAUAGGGUCAUCAGUCCCCAGCAAAGCUGAAGAGACAAGCAAAUCACAGAUUCUUUCCAAUCACCAGCAGCAGCUUCAGUCUGAUAGUUUCAAAGCCAAACAAAUGGAAAACCAUCAGCUUAUAAAGGAGGCUGUGGAAAUGAAAUCUGUUAUGGACUCAAUGAAACAGACAGGAGUAGAUCCUACCACAAGAUUUAAACAGGAUGCAGAUUCAAGAACAUGGCAUCAUUAUGUCUACCAGCCCAAAUACCUUGAUCAGCAAAAAUCAGAAGAACUUGAUCGGGAGAAAAAACUAAAAGAAGACAGCCCUAGAAAAACACCUAAUAAGGAAGGUUCCAUAUCCAACCUCCCUGUCUCAUUAACAAGCAUUAAAGAGGAACCGAAAGAGGUCAAGCGUUCUGAUUCCCAGUCAUUGGAGGAGAGCAAGAUCAAAAACGAUGAUCGAAAGACUCCUGUAAAUUGGAAGGACUCUCGGGGUGCUAGAGUGGCCGUUUCCUCACCAAUGAGUCAGCAUCAGUCAUAUAUACAGUACUUGCACGCUUAUCCUUACCCACAGAUGUAUGAUCCCAACCAUCCUGCAUACCGUGCAGUCUCUCCUGUUCUAAUGCACAGCUAUCCUGGGGCCUAUCUCUCGCCAGGAUUUCAUUAUCCUGUUUAUGGGAAGAUGUCAGGGAGAGAAGAGGCGGAGAAAGUCAAUACCAGCCCUAGCAUCAACGCAAAAUCAACCACUGAAUCUAAAGCACUGGAUUUGCUCCAGCAGCAUGCCAACCAGUACCGCAGCAAGUCCCCUGCCCCUGUGGAAAAAUCUACAGCUGAGCGUGAGCGGGAAGCAGAGAGGGAGCGAGAUCGCCACUCCCCCUUUAGCCAGCGGCACCUUCAUACACACCACCACACACACGUUGGAAUGGGCUACCCACUUAUACCUGGGCAAUAUGACCCAUUUCAAGGGUUGACCUCUGCUGCCCUUGUUGCCACUCAGCAGGUGGCUGCUCAGGCAUCUGCAUCUGGUAUGUUUCCUGCACAAAGAAGAGAAUGAGGAGUUUGGAAAUGUACAUUGUCAUGUGACUGGAUCACAUGAGGAAGCGCUUUAUUACAGACAUCAGUUCCAUGGUGUUAUUUUGAAAUGCCUUAAUGGCAGGCAAAAACCAGUCAUUUCAUUUUUGUAAAUUGCAGAUUUUAUCACAGAGUAACAAAUGUUGCUGUAAUUAGACUUCUGUUUUUUUUAUUAUAUAUAUAUAUAUAUGCGCGUAUAUAUAUAUAUAAAUAUAUAUAUAUUCUUUACUUUUUUUGUAUCGGUAACCAGGCUCGCACACAGGGUCUGCUGCUAAGUUGCAAACCACACAAUAAAGGAAAAAUGUAUUUGUCUUGUUUAGAAAAAUGUUAACCACAAAAGGCCGUUUUUCUUUUCUUUUUGCUUUUUAAUUGUAAAUAAAUAAUAUUAUGUAUCAGUGUGCCUGAUCCUUGCAUACCCUUCUAAUAUUGCCCACAAGCCCUCAGAGAGGCUAACUGUGAUGAUGACACUUUGGUACAAUUUAGAUGUCUAUUUGGUGGCUCCUGUUAAGAUGCAUCAGUGUAAAAUGUUACUGUACUCACUGUUUCAUUGUAAUUGUGUAUUGUGAAAAAUAUACAUUUGGAAGGCAUGGGGUUGCCAGUACCACAAAAACUGUGUUGUACAUAAUGUAUAGAUUUUAAAUGGGGAAAUAAUGAGUAUCUGUGAAUAAUGAAAUGUCUUUUUUUGAUAAUCUUGAAUGGCAAAUAACCCAAUAGCCUGCAUACCAGAAGACAUCUGUGAUUGUUCUAUUACUUGAAUAGUCCUGCAGUCUUUUUUUUAAUGUUUACAAUUAUCCAGUUUUAGAAGAGAGACUUUAAUGCCAUUGCCUGGUUACUUGUUUUAUGCUGUAAUCUAGUUUAUUUUAUGUAAAAUGUAUAUUGAAUGCUUUCAUUUUUAUACCUGCCUUAAAUAAUUUGGCAAUCAGAAUAAAAAAAAAAGUUGUUUUUGUA